UCGAACGGUUCGGAACGCGCGCGCGAAGAGAUCGGACGGCCAACUCCCCGGAAAGAAAGAAAGUAUUAGUGGAAGGAGGCGCCCCCACCAGGAAAACGAGUGUAGUGUUGUAGUGAAAUAGUCCUCGGCUUAGUUAACCCCUUUUUGGUUUUUCGCAAUUUUCACCAAGCCCCAAAACAUUGGCUUUCCCGUGUUUCUCCGACUUUUCCUGCGACCAGACUCCCCAAAAAUUCCCAGUAUCGGAACUAUGUUUAUGGGCAGAGCGCAACGAGGCCGCAGGAUGAGAGAAUAGCGGCAUGUUGUCCAACUCAGCCCCAACAUAUGGUGGUCCGAGGUCCUGAGACCUGAGACCUGAUCCCCAUUGGGUGCCGAAGAGUGGAUCGAAGUGGUGCCUUGAAGGAGUGGUACGCACAACUGCAUAAAUCGUGGGCAAGGACAACGAAAAGCAUUCAGCCAUGAAUCUGAUCAACAUGGACUCGGAGAACCGGGUGGUGCUCAAUGUGGGUGGCAUUCGGCAUGAAACGUACAAGGCCACACUGAAAAAGAUUCCGGCUACGCGAUUAUCGCGACUGACAGAGGCCCUGGCCAACUAUGAUCCGAUACUGAAUGAGUACUUCUUUGAUCGGCAUCCGGGCGUCUUCGCACAAGUGCUCAACUAUUACAGAACUGGAAAGCUGCAUUAUCCCACGGAUGUGUGCGGACCGCUGUUUGAGGAGGAAUUGGAGUUCUGGGGCCUAGACUCGAACCAAGUGGAGCCCUGCUGUUGGAUGACCUACACACAGCAUCGCGACACCCAGGAAACCCUAGCCGUACUCGAUCGUCUAGAUCUGGAUACGGAAAAACCGUCCGAGGAGGAACUGGCACGCAAAUUUGGCUUCGAGGAGGACUACUACAAAGGCACCAUAUCCUGGUGGCAGGAAAUGAAGCCGCGCAUUUGGUCCUUGUUCGAUGAGCCCUACAGUUCCAAUGCAGCCAAGACUAUUGGCGUGGUUUCGGUGUUCUUCAUCUGCAUUUCGAUCCUGUCGUUCUGCCUGAAGACCCAUCCCGACAUGCGGGUGCCCAUCGUCCGGAAUAUUACAGUGAAAACUGCGAAUGGAAGUAAUGGCUGGUUUCUGGACAAAACGCAGACCAAUGCGCACAUAGCCUUCUUCUAUAUCGAAUGCGUGUGCAAUGCCUGGUUUACCUUUGAAAUAUUGGUGCGCUUUAUCUCAUCGCCGAACAAGUGGGAAUUCAUCAAGUCAUCUGUUAACAUCAUAGACUACAUAGCGACGCUUAGUUUUUAUAUCGAUCUAGUGCUUCAGCGGUUCGCAUCGCACCUGGAGAACGCUGACAUCCUCGAGUUCUUCUCGAUCAUCCGCAUCAUGCGUCUGUUCAAGCUGACGCGUCACUCGUCCGGACUGAAGAUCCUGAUCCAGACGUUCCGUGCCUCGGCCAAGGAGCUAACCCUGCUGGUGUUCUUCCUCGUCCUGGGCAUCGUGAUCUUUGCCAGCCUCGUCUACUAUGCAGAACGCAUCCAGCCGAAUCCCCACAACGAUUUCAACAGCAUACCGCUGGGCCUGUGGUGGGCCCUGGUCACCAUGACCACCGUCGGCUACGGUGACAUGGCCCCCAAAACCUACAUCGGCAUGUUCGUGGGCGCCCUCUGCGCCCUAGCCGGCGUACUAACCAUCGCACUGCCAGUGCCCGUCAUCGUCAGCAACUUCGCCAUGUACUACUCGCACACGCAGGCCAGGGCCAAACUGCCAAAGAAGCGGAGACGAGUGCUUCCCGUCGAGCAGCCGCGGCAGCCCAGACUGCCAGGCGCACCUGGAGGUGUCAGUGGCUGUGGCACCCCGGGCUCGGGUCCCCACUCCGGUCCCAUGGGAUCCGGCGGAACUGGACCACGUCGCAUGAACAAUAAAACCAAGGACCUGGUCAGCCCCAAGUCAGUUGCUCAACUUUUCGCAGGUCCGCUGGGCGCAAGCAUUGUGGCCAUGAGUCCCAGGACAAUGUUGGAUCUCAAUCCUGCCCUGGCGAUGGGCAAGCCUACGUUUCAGCCCCGUAUACCCACCCCCCUGGCAGCCACACCCCCUCCCCCGGCCAGUUCAGCUGGGGGGCUGACGGCAUCCGGAAUUGGAGCUAGUGGAGCCACUGGAGCCACUAGUGCACCACAACCAGCGGCACCACCACCCAGCAUUGCGGUGUCCACCACCGCGAGUGUGGGCAAGGAUCUGGGCAUCUCGACCACCACCACCACGGCCCAGGAGACCAGCAAGAAGGCGUUCCUCUAAGGGAGCAGCCUGGCCAAGGACUCAGCCACCUGCUAUUUAUCCACGAUCCCCAUAUCCCCCAAUAAGCAAUAUCUAUUCGAUGUCAUACAGAGCCUUCGCAUACGUAUUCACUAGAACAAAGAUGAUGUGUUUCAGAGUUGGCAAAAGGAUCCUAACCUAUCACUGAUUAUCACCGAUUAUAGAUCGUCUUUGUUUCCCCCAUAUCACUCACUGUAUUUCGCAGAGAAUCUUAAAAAAUCAACUCGAAAAAUAUCGAAAUGAAUAUCAUAUAUUCACCAACGAGUCUACAAUGGAUCAGAAUCAGUUGGAGAUCAACCUUAAAUCAAAUAUCAAUUGUGAUGCUAUAUUAUGAAAAGUAUUCUUUGAUUUCAAAAGAGGUUUAGGAUAUUACUCUAUAUAAGCAUUUUGACUGUUAUUAUAUAUUAGUUGCUAACGUUUAUUUAUCGAAUGCUAUAUAUUCUAUAACUUAUGUCUCAAAGAAAUGAAAUGGCCAAUAUUAAAGCAAUACUUUGGUUCAAGACCAGUUAAAAAAACCAUUCUAAAGAUGAUCUUUUUGUUUAACCCAGCAAUAAAAUAUGUUUUUAACCUAAUGUAAUUGUAUUCUAAUAAUGAUCUAUCCAUCUCUGAUACCUAGACUCGCAAUUUGUGUUUACCAUAUCACGACAUACCUAUCAAUAUCGAACCUAAGCAUAACAUUAGCUAAAUAUAGAUAAUCCAAUUGCUUGAAGCCAACAUUUUACCAUCGAGAGUUAACCAAGACAGAGCCGAAACCAUGUUCUUAACCAUACAAAGUGUUUUUACCGAUUGCAAGCUUGCUAACGAUCCAUUUUCUAUAUAAGCCAUAGAUAUAUUAAAUCGACAAGCAGUGUAUAUAAUCCUAAAUGCUUUACAACUCGGUUUGCCAGUUCCUUAUGCGUUGUGUAAAGACUCGACUGCCCGUCAGUUCUCGUGGGGCAGUUCGGUUGAAAGCUUUAAUUUGAUAUAUUUAUAGAGGGGGACUCCAACUCAAACGCGGUUUGAGAAGCUUAAUUAAACAGAAACCAAUCAAAGAGUACAUAUACAUUUUUAAAAUUCAUUCGAGCCCAGCGCACGUGUUGACUUCAACUUUUUCCCGAAUUAAAAAUAGGAAAGGUGCUGCUGGUUUCUUCAACAGAAGACGCCAAAGUUUUCCGGGGAAAAGUUGAAGCCGAAGAAAAAGAAAAUUUUCCAACUGUUGGCACUUUUCGCUCAUCACUCACUCACAAGCUGGGAUUACUCGGUAAGUUGGCAGUAAAAUCGCUUCUUAUAUUUUUCCAACCCAAAAAGUUGGCUCACAUAUCAACAAGCUAGGGAACCUUAAAGAAAAUUUCCAAAAAUUCUGCCAGUUAAAAUGCAAAUUAUUUCUAUAAAAUUUUGUUUGGCUCUCCGCAAGCAACGAGUAUCCUGAGUAAAUGCAAAACAAACAAAGAAUCCAGAAGCGGCAGGGAAUUUCUUACAGUUCCUUUCAGUUAACUUGAAUUUGUUGAAAAAGUUUACAAAUUGCUGUGGGGUUAAGUGGGUGGACUUAGCCCAAAAACUCACUGGGUUGGUUAAAAGAAGCAAACAGGUUAGCAAAAUUGUUUUUCCCCAAUUUUCCUCUGAUUUCACUUGCGCAAGUCAUUAGCUAAUUCUCUUGUACAUUUUGAAUAUAUACGAGUAUAUAUAUAAAUUUAUCACUCUCAGCAGUCAUUUUGCCCACAUACUUGUAAGAAUAAACAUGAUAAUUACUGAAAACAAACAAUGGAACAAAAACAAGCGAAAUAAUAAGAUGCAAAACUUAAGCAACAUUAAGAUCGAAGAUGGGCAACAAAUAAACGAAGUUUGGGUAACAUUUGUUAAGUUUUUAUAAUGAACAAAGCAUUAAUAAUAAUUGAAUUAAUAUUAAAUAUUGCAAGCUAUAGGAAAUGGAUACAAACAAUUGUUUAUAUCGUUUCGUUUACUCGCUAUGAUUUCGAUACAGUUUUUUAAUUGUAUAGUUAAGCAAAUUGUAUACUACUUGAACUAAACAAAACAAAUUGUUCUCUCAAUAAUUAUUGAAC